AGAAGAAACAUAAAACUAAUAUUAACUGACAUAAUUAAAAUAAAGUGAGCCGGAUCGUACUUGAAACUAAACCGGGAAAUUCGAUCUAAACCGGGACGAGAUCCACGUCAGCAGGGUCACCGCCAUCGUUUUACUUAAUUCACCUUUUCUCUUAUUGACUAAAGUCAAACGGUCGUUCACCGGAACCAAUGGCCGGAAUAAAAACUUCACCGGCGACGAUUAAACUCUUCUCCGUUCUAUUUCUCAUCCUCACAAUCACAUCUCCAUCACCCAAAUUCGUAAAUGCCUUCACUUUCCCAUUCUCCUUCACACAAUACAAAACCCUAAUCUCAAUCUCACGAUCUCUCCUCCUCCGCGUCGCUAACCUACGCGCUUCACGUGGAGACGCACUGGGUUCGUCACGUGUACAAGCCAUGGCUGAUGAAAUCGAUCGUGGGUUAGGGUUAGGGUUUAUAAGCAGAGCUUGGUCUGUUGGAUGGGAUUAUAUGUGGAAUUACGCUUGGAGAAAGGGAGGGAUUGACUACGGUGAGAUGUAUGGUGCGAUUGGUGAUCUCAAUGAGCUUAUGGGUUUAGUGACUGAGUUUAAUAGAGCUGAAUCUAAUGCUGAUAAAGCUAGUUCUGUUGCUCGGAGUUAUGGAAAAGCUCUUCGUGUUUCGAAGCAGUUGCUUCGUCGUCUUCUUAGAAUCUUUGGUAAAUCGGGUGCAUUGAGAGAGUUUUGGGAGAUGGUGCAAGCUGAAGUAGUCGAUGGAGAGUUAUUACAAGACUGUCUCGAAGUAGGCGGAAACGACGUUAAGAGUUUGCUUCAAAUAGCAAAGGACAUGGCUCUACAGUUUUUUUCUUCUCAAAGCCGUUCCUCCGAUGAACUUUAGCUACAAAGCAGAGCGCUUUCAUGUACGUUCCUUCUUUCCGUUUUGUUCCACAUCGGAUGUGACCCUUUUGGCACGUUGUACUAUCUUAUGCAUUAGUCAAAUCCUCUAGGAAAAUCCGCCAGAACCAUUUUGCUCGUUACAUCUUUUGCUAGAUAAGUUUUAAGGGAUAUGUAGACUAGAAAACAAUUUGUUUGUUCGUUUUAUAAGUUUAAGAGAUUCAUAGACUAGAAACUCGAGGUUCUUUUGUAAUUUCAUUAACCUAAGCCCGCUUUUUGUAAUCGAAAAAGUCCUGUAGAUCUUGUGAAUAUCUUUGAAAAACACAA